CAAAUCACGAUGAUUUUCCGACGAUCUGCGAACUGUGCGACGGCGACAUCACAUCGACAAAAGUGAAUAAGUGCUUUGUAGAAAAUCUUUUGGAAAUCGAAUUUCGAGUUUAGUGUUCAUAUUGUACAAAUAAUAACAGAACUAUGGAUGAUCCAGAGCUGAAUGCCAUCCGCCAGCAGCGCCUUCAACAAAUGCAGGGAGGAAAUGCGGAACAACAGAAGGCCAAAGAGGAACAGAUGGCCGCCCAAGAGGAAAUGAAGAACUCAAUGCUUUCGCAGCUACUGGAUCAGAAUGCUCGUGCUCGUCUAAACACACUCAAAAUAAGUAAACCGGAAAAGGCCCAGAUGGUCGAGGGUAUGAUCAUCCGAAUGGCACAGAUGGGUCAAAUCGGAGGGAAACUAGACGAUACCUCGUUAGUCAAGUUACUGGAGAGCCUGAAUCAGCAGAUGCCGCGUAGUGGCUCCACGGUUAAAUUUGAUCGGCGUCGGGCCGCCAUGGAUUCGGACGAUGACGAUGAUUACGGGAUUUGAAAACGGUGAACAUCUUGCAGCUGGGAGACGAAUCGAAUGGGCUAAACCACGUUCGGAUUAACGAUAAAAUGCUUGCUUUACCGAGUAAACGCAAAUACCUGAUUGCGCGCGAAGGAUUUGCAUGCUUUUAGGUUCGUUUUAGCCAUUACUCUGAAGAAUACUAAUUUAAGGACGGAAUAAACUCGUUUAUAUACAUUUGGAGUAAAUCAAACAUAA